AGUAGCAAAAAGUACCUUUACCCUGAAUACAAAAAAGUAACGUGAUUUGAAAAUAAAUGGCUAAGAGAUCGCAACCUGUUUGGAUUCUACCAAAAUCCCAAGAACAACCGAAACUUCAUCUUUAUAACAGUUUAACAAGACAAAAAGAAGAAUUUAUUCCCACAAAUGGUAAUAAUGUGAAAUGGUAUAGUUGUGGGCCCACCGUUUAUGAUGCAAGUCAUAUGGGACAUGCAAGAUCUUAUAUAUCUUUUGAUAUUCUUCGUCGUGUUUUAAGUGAUUAUUUUGGAUAUAACGUUCAGUAUGUAAUGAAUAUAACUGAUAUCGACGAUAAAAUAAUAAAAAGAGCUCGACAAAAUUAUCUCUAUGAGAAAUACAUCGAAGAAGUUAAUUCACUUGAACAAAUUUUACAAGAUCAAAAACAUAUUUUAGAUAAAUUUAAUGCCACGGUUGAAAAGAAUACCGAUCCAGAUAAGAAAAUUAUGUUUGAUAAAAUGCUUGAAAAAAUGACUAAUGCUGUUGAUAGAUUAAUGAAAGCUGUAAAAUCAAGUGAUGUUGAAGAAAUCGAAAAAUCCAAAAUGAAUUUUUUGAGUGAAGCUAAGGAUUCUAUUUCGGAUUGGUUAGAUUCUAAGCAAGGAAAUUUAGUAAAUGAUAACAGUAUUUUCGAAUCACUGCCACGUUUUUGGGAAAACGAAUUUCAUACUGAUAUGAAAUCAUUAAAUAUAUUACCUCCUGACGUUUUAACAAGGGUUAGCGAGUAUGUUCCUGAAAUUGUAAAAUUCAUUGAAAAAAUAAUAGCAAAUGGAUUAGCGUAUGAAGCAAAUGGUUCUGUAUAUUUUGAUGUAAAUGCUUUUGAUAAAAGAGAAAAACAUCAUUAUGCAAAAUUAGUUCCAGAAGCUUACGGUGAUAUAAAAUCUCUUCAUGAAGGGGAAGGAGAUCUCUCUAUUGCAGAAGAUAGGCUUACAGAGAAAAAAUCCGAAAAUGAUUUUGCCUUAUGGAAAAAAAGUAAAGCUGGCGAGCCGAAGUGGACUAGUCCUUGGGGUGAGGGCAGACCUGGCUGGCACAUUGAAUGUUCCGUAAUGGCUUCAGACAUUUGCGGUGAUACAUUAGAUAUUCAUACAGGAGGUGUUGACUUGAAAUUUCCUCAUCAUGACAAUGAACUAGCACAAUCAGAAGCAUAUUUCGAUAAAGAAGACUGGAUCAAAUAUUUCUUACAUACCGGACAUUUAACAAUAGCUGGCUGUAAAAUGUCCAAGUCAUUGAAGAAUUUUAUAACAAUACAACAAGCUUUAAGCAAGCACACUGCAACGCAAUUAAGAUUAGUUUUUCUUCUUCAUUCAUGGAAAGAUACCCUCGAUUAUUCGGACAAUACGGUGGAAAUGGCCAUUCAAUAUGAAAAAUUUUUAAAUGAAUUUUUUUUAAAUGUUAAGGAUUUAACACGACCUAUUGGUACUGAAAAACCCAGUGAAAAUUUCGAUCGCUGGACAUUGGUUGAAAAGAAAUUACAAGAAAAAUUUGAUGUCACACGAUCUGCCGUACACAAUGCCCUUUGUGAUAAUAUUGAUACAAGAACAGCUCUUGAUUGCAUUCGAGAUUUGGUAUCAAAUAGUAAUAUAUAUAUUCGGGACAACAAAUCGAAUCCUAAUAAAUUAUUGCUGCGAAAGAUAGCAAUAUAUAUCACAGAUCUUUUACACAUAUUUGGCGCAAUCAGUGGACCUCGAGGUGGAAUUGGUUUUACAGUCGGAGAAAAUUGUACUUUGGAUUCUGGUAAUUUUGAAGAUGCAAUUAUGCCUUACCUAACUGUCACUGCCGAAUUCAGAAAUAUAAUUAGAGAAAAGGCAAAAGAGUUAAAAGCGACAGAUAUUUUAAAAAUAUGUGAUGAAUUAAGAGACGAAACGCUAGUUAAUUUAGGUGUGCGUUUAGAAGAUAAAGAAAAUGGCAAAUUUGCUUUAAAACUCGUUGACAAAGAAACACUUUUAAAAGAUAAAGCAUUAAAAAAAGCUAUAGAAUUGGAAAAGGCCGCAGAAAAGGAGAAAAAGAAAGCAGCAGCUGCAGCUGCAUUAGCUGCUAAGGAAGCUCAAAAGAAGAUUAACCCAAAAGAAAUGUUUUUGCAUGAAGUUGACAAAUAUUCUGCGUUUGACAACAAUGGACUUCCAACACACGAUAUUCAAGGAAAAGAAAUCAGUAAGGGACAACUGAAAAAAUUACAAAAAUUACAACAACAGCAGGAACAAAAAUAUAAUGAAUAUUUAGCUUCACUAAAUGGCUCUUAAAUUAAUAUUUAUAAAUAAAUUCACUACUUUAAACGUUUAACUUUUCAUUCCCCAAUGUGGGAAAAUUCUAUAAGAUAUCUAAAAACCAAUGUCAACUAUUGCGACUAUUACUAAUAAAAAUACAAAUUGCAUAACAUACGCAUUCUAAAAUUGAAUUUUUCAUAUGUGUGCUCUCAUACACAAUAAUUGUCAUCAACUUACUAUUAUACAUUAUGUACUUACCCGGUUUUCUAUAAAAAUCAAUAUGUGCUUAAAGACCAACCUGACCAAGAUAUGUGUAUUUAUUUGAACUUUCCAAAAACACAACUUUCUAUCAAAUGCUGCUGCUACAUAAGGCAAUCUAGAAUGCCAAGCCAAGCCUCCAUAAAGUUUUAAUGUAGAUUCUAUUAACGGUAUUUGAGAUUUGGCUGUC